UGUCUUGUAACGGUUUCUUAUGGAAGAUUGUUUGUUUUUAAAUUAUGCUAUAAUUAUUCGCCAGUAAUCGCUUUUUACUUCAUUGAUAAUUAUGGAGUCAUCAAAAGAACCUGUGAGUGUUAGAAUAGCUCGGCUGAACGCUGAAAUCAUUGGAAAAACUGCAAAGUUACACUCGACGAAUUUACUAGCCCGGGAAAGCCUUUUCGAUGUUUUGCAAGCUUUAUAUGAUGAAUGUUCUCUGGAAAAUUUACAGAAAUACGACGCAAACAUUGCACAAUUCGUGGAUAAGCAUAAAGAAACAAUAAAAGAAUUAAAACGACUUAGGGUAAAUAUAACUGAUUUUGAAGUUAAAGACGUUAUUGGUCGCGGUCACUUUGGCGAAGUUCACCUAGUUAAAGAAAAACAAACUGGUGAUGUUUAUGCCAUGAAAACUCUGAGAAAGAUCGACAGUGAUACAAAGAGAACUUCCUAUGAAGAAGAAAGGAAUAUUAUGGCUUUUGGUAAUUCGCAAUGGUUGACUUCCUUACAGUAUUCUUUCCAAGACAAUACUUACCUGUUUUUUGUAAUGGAAUACCAUCCUGGAGGAGAUUUAUUAGGGCUUCUGUACAGACAAGGAGGUACAUUACCAGAGAGUGCUGCUACUUUUUACAUCGCUGAAUUGGUUUUAGCAUUAGAGGAUCUCCAUAAAAUGGGGUAUGUACACAGGGACAUCAAACCAGAUAAUGUAUUGCUUGACCGUUGUGGACAUUUGAAGCUUGCCGAUUUUGGAUCUGCGGCAAAGUUGAAUGAUAGUGGUUUGGUAAAUAUUAGCCCUCCUGUGGGAACUCCAGAUUAUAUUGCGCCUGAGGUUCUACAAUCUUUAGAUAAUAAGAAUGAUAAGGAUGUAGGAUAUGGGGUUUCCUGCGAUUUUUGGUCCUUAGGCAUAGUAGCUUACGAACUAACAAUCGGCAACACUCCCUUUACUGGUCAAAACUCCACAUUAAUUUACUCAAAAAUAAUGAACUCUAAGAACAAUCUGAAGUUUCCACCCGAUGUUGUGCUAAGUCAAGCAUACGUAAACUUUGUUAAAGCUCUGAUAACAGAUCACAAGACUCGACUGAGCGCUAACCAAAUACGCAAGCAUGAUUUGUUCAGAAACACCCAUUUUGAUACCCUUAGAGACCAAGUGCCCCCUUUUGUACCAAAAAUUACUUCUGUAGAUGACACUAGCAACUUCACAGACAUACAGAGUAAAAAGAAAACCCCUACGAUUGAGAAUUUCAAGAAGCGUACCCAGUUUUCGGGUCGUAACUUGCCCUUUAUAGGGUUUACGUUUACCCAUGACUUGAACAGUUUCGAGGGAAAUUUUAACAGAAAGAUCGUGGCAAAAGAUGAGGUGGUGGAAGGCUUGAAGAACGAGGUAGAGAGUCUGAGGAGGAAGUUAGUGAAAAAUGAGGAUUUUGAUCAGGAAAGAGAUGUUUUAGAAAGAAAAUUAGAGGAGAAGUGUAGGAAGCUGGAAAGUAUAGAAAAUUUAAGAGAUAGACUGGAGAAAGAUUUGGCAAAUAAUAUUGCUGAGAAUGUGGCCCUUAAAAGAACAUUAGAACUGGAAAGGAAGGAUCGUACCGAGUUAGAACGCAAGGCACUUGACCUCAUAAAGGGCGCAAAGUUGAAGUGGGAGAUGGCAGAAAAAUCUAAAGUAGAUGCCUUAAUUUUGGAGAUAGAACAGCAGAAGGAAAAGAUAACCCAACUAACUACAACGAACAACAUGCUGAACGAGCAGCUGCAGCACGCACUCAAUUUGGAAGGUAAACACAAGGAAUCCCUGGAGAAGGUACAGAAUUUGAGUAGAAGGAGCGUCAUCGGUUUAGAGUCUCGUCUGGAGAAGAUAACCAGCGAGACGCAGGGUACCAUCGCUGAGUUACAGAGGAAACUAAGCGACGAAUCGCAUCAGAAGAACGUUUUGGAAGGAAAGGUGGGUAGGAUGAAAGAAAAAGAAGAAACAUUAGUAGCGAAACUCAAGCAAUCGGAAGAGGAAUAUACUGAUCUGAAGGCUAAAGUGGAUGAAGCAGAAAAAGUUAUACGUCAACUGAGUGAUCAGGUUACCGUUCUGGAAAAUGAUGUAGGCAAAAUGGAGACGUAUAAAGAAGAGAUUGCACGUUUGCAGGAAAUCGUCGAUAAAAGCCACAAAACUGUUAAAGACUUAGAAAACCGGAACACAUUCCUACAGAUAGAGACAAAAACUUUGGAAGACUACAAGAAGGAAAUCGAAAAUAUGAAGAAAACCAUCACGAACAUGCAGAAUGACAGGAAAGUGGCACAAUUGGAAAGUCAGCUAUUUGAAGAGCGGGAAAAAUGCCAAGCGUUGAAGAAACAACUACAGGAAUCGGAGAGUAUUGUUACGGAAAAUCAAGAAUUGAAAGAACUGAGAACCAAGUACUGGCGCAUGGAAAAAGAUUUCGGGAAUUGUAAAAUAGACAAGAGAAUUUUGGAAAGGGAAUUAAAAGACGCACAGGCCGAAAUUAAACAAUUAAAUGGUAAAAUCGAAGAGUAUACCAAAACAUUAGUGGAAAGUAAAAAAAGGAGUGAAGCUGCUCUCUUGGAACUCAGCGGUAUCAAUGAGUCGAUUUCAAUGGAAUUGAUUAAGGUGAAGGAUAAUUACAACAAUUUGCAGGAUACACUGGCUAGAGAACGAGAAAAGACGGAUGAAGAAAAAAUGAUUAUUCAAGAACUGAAGGAUAUUAUAAAAACCAAAGAUGUUCAAAUAAAUUCUCUAAACUCCGAUGUGUUCAAUUUAAAAAAACAAAAAUACGCGCUUGAGAAUGAAAUACAAAAAUACGAGACAGAAAAAUCAAGGUUAUUGGACUUAGCCGAACGUAUACAAAAAGAAAAAAGCAGUAUCUGUGACGAACUAGAUAAAACAAAGCGAGAGAUUGAAAACACAAAUUUGAAUUUAUCCGCACUUAGAGAAGCGUGUACCCUUUUAGAGAACCAGGUUAUAGAGUACGAGAAAAUAAACGCCUCCUUUGAAGCGAAACACACGGCUUUAAACGGCAACACAGAGAAGCUUAUCCAGGACCUCUGUAAGGCGAAGGAAGACAUCCAGGAAGCCAAGAAACAAGCCAAUGAAGAGAAAUCUCUGCGACUACUUGCCGAAAUGAAAACAAAAAGGCUGCACGAAGACAUUCAGUGUUUGCAAAACGAGUGUACCUCGUACAAAACUCAAUGUAUGGAGUACAAACAAUGCACGACGAAUCUUUCGGAUGAACUCACGAUUGCCGAGGAGAAAAUAUCAGAUUUGGAGGUGCAGUUGAAAUCGUACGAGCGACAAGUUUCAGAUUUGAAGUUGGAAAAUAAGGUUAUCAAGCAAGAAGUAUCGGACUAUCUAACCAAGUUGAAUAAGGUGAAAGAAGUUAACCAUAAAUUGAACCACCAGCUUGGAGAGUUGAAGCAAGACAAGAUGGAACUGUUUCAAAAGCUGGACGAACUCGAUGGGGUUUUAAUUGAGAAAAGCAAUUAUUAUAAGGAAAGGGAGUUGAAAUCCGAGUCGACUAUUAAGCAGCAGAUCAAAUUGAUCGAUUAUUUGCAGUCAAAGAUUGACGAACUGAACAACAAGAAAAGGACAUUCACCGAGGUACUGUUUGGCAGUUCGAAGAAGGAGAAUCAACCUCCUCUGCCCAUCCUCAACUACAAGGAUUUAGAAACGCAACUGUAUAAGGAACGGGAGACUAACAAACAACUCAACGAGGAAUUGUACCGUUUAAAGGCCGCCACGAUGUUAAGUGCAAGUCAGGGUUUGAUAAAUAAGGUAAAUGAUAAGGUGCAGAGACACAAAUCGGAAAUUAUGUCACCGAAAAGUAAAGUGGCACUGCAGCAGCUCGUCAACUCUCCGAGCAAGCAGAAGAGCGAUCUUUAUAGGCAGAAUUCGGUACAAAGGAUGCAUCACAAUAUACCGCACAGGUUUGACUCGAAAUUGUGUGCCAAAUCAUCGAUGAAAUGCGCGAGUUGCUCUGAUUCGAUAGCUCUAGGGAGAUCCAUGAACGUUUGUAAGGAGUGUAACGUUACGACUCAUCCGCAAUGCGCUACAGCGAUUCCCAACACUUGUGGUUUACCCCAUGGAUUUGCCAAACACUACAAAGACAGCUUAGAACCUAAAAACGAUGUGUCAGCGUCGAAGUUGUCCGAGAAUGAAAUUGUUAACAUCGAAGGUUGGAUUAAAGUACCAGGGAAAACCAAUUCUUGGGAGAAACGCUAUGCCUGUUUGACGAAUACGUCCAUAAACAUCUAUACGAAACCCCCGAACGAAGAGGGAUCUAUGUUGAUUGAAGAUUUUUCCUUGAAACCCGUAAAUAGCCAUGGGAAGGUAAUUCUGGAACCUUUGCCUUCCGAAAUAGGGGUUCCGGUUGCAAAUAGUGACUUAGCCUUCAUUCUGAAGGUAGAAGUAGCCCCCGAUACGACUUGCUGGCCUCAGAAGUGUCUUAUCUUUAUGACACUUUCAGCACAAGAUAAGGACAAAUGGUUCUUAGCUCUACAAAAAAUUUACGGUGAGGAUUUCGAAACACCGAAAUUCGACAAGCUCCUGAGCCUCCCUGAAGACGUGAAUGUUAAUUGUGUUGUCGAUUUAACAGAAAAUAUAAAAAUAAUAGGCGCUGAGAAAGGCCUUUACGCUUACUAUGACAAAAACUUAUUGCACAUCGAGGGACUAACAGCAGUACACCACAUUUCUAUAAUGCCAAACACCAACACCGUCCUCAUGAUCGUGAAUGACAAAAACACUCUCAUAUCCUGCGAUUUAAACCACCUAAUAAACGUAUCGCAGUGCGCCCAGUGCACCAAGCCGCGACUUAAGUACACAAACGUGAACGUUAACAAUUUGAACGGUUUUCACAUAUUACAAGUAUCGAAAUUCCCAACUCACCAAAAAGUGUGCAUAGCUACCUCGAAACAACUUAUUAUCUUAAGUUAUGACAUGGAGACAUCGGAUUUGGUGCCGCAGAGGAUUCUGGACACUGCCGAACCUACUAGCUGCGCCUUGUUCACUGAAUACACGUUAAUAGUGGGAGCCAACAAGUUCUUCGAGAUCGACUUGCAGACGUUCCAAGCGGACGAGUUCUUAGAUUUAUCAGAUGUCAAGUUAAAGCAAGCGGUGAAAUGUUACAAAAUGGGAUCGUUCCCGCUAGCUAUACUGCGGAUUUCCAAGAACCCGAAAGAGUACUUACUGUGCUUCAACGAAUUCUCAGUAUUUGUCGACGAGUACGGCAGGUCGUCUAGGAACACAGAGAUCAAAUCUACACAUUUACCGCUCGCCUUUCACUUCAGCAAGCCCUAUUUAUACAUUGUUCAGUUCGCCGCCAUAGAAAUUGUUAAAAUAAACGAGGACACUUGCAACGAGAGCAGCAGUGACUCCAUUACGAGUUUGGACAGUGUCAGGUUGGAAGUGGAUAAGUUUAGGUAUGUCGGGUAUAACAAGAAAGGCAUAUACGUCGUACAAGCGGGCGAAAUAAAAUUUGUUGAUGCCAGGAAGUUCGGGGAUAUCGAUUUGAGUUCCACUGUUAGUGAAUCGACUGAAAACGAUUCCGAUAGAUUUAGCUUUACUAGUUCCAUCGUUCAGAGCUUAGACGGUAACUUGAGCGACGCGGAGAGCAAUGAAAUCGAUACCCGCCAAAGGAGGGUCAAGUUUUCAGAAAGUAGUCAGCAUUAGUUUUAAGUUUUUAAAUUCUUUUUGACUGAAGCAUUUACACAGUUUAAUUUAAUUCAAGAUGUACUUAUAUAUAAUAAUAUAGGUGAUCUGAGCCUUGCCUGGUCGGAUUUAAUUGUUUGUGAUUUUAAUUUUUAUA